AUGGAAGGCAGUCCAGGAUCCUCGCGACCCGCGCUCGGUCAGGUAGCGGACUUGGGUGCAUUUUACGAUGCCCGAACCGACUCAUUCUUGCCUACUAACCUGAUCGCCGGUAAUCCGCCACCCUCGAUAUUGAGGUCGUCAACUCAAAAAAGCCAGCAGGCUGUGGUCAUCAAUGGUGAUUCCCUUUCCAAGAAGCUUGCGGCUCUUGGUGUUGAUGAUGACCUUGCCGCGAGUAUACUUGCCCGCCUUGUUCCUCUGUCCGGCGCAAGCACUUACCUGACUUCAACCCGCCGCAGCGAGGCCACGAUUGAGGGCGCUGUCAGAUUCACAAUCACCACGGAGCAAAUGACUCUCCAAAUUGGGAGCGCUGACAUACGGCCUCACAUAUCCGCCCAUGCAUUCCAAAACGGAAACGCCACACACGUGGUCUUGGGUAUAACCUUCGGGGCUGAGUGCAUCAUUGGCGCCCAAGCGCCUUGUGGUAAAGACAUUGCCCAGUCCCAAGGCCUCCUGUGGCCGAAAUUGUCGAAGCUUGCUGCAUACUGUGAGGGCAAUUUGGUCACUACGUCUAUGGUCAAGCUCAAGGAUCGGACUUCCACUACUGAUGCAGACCUUGGUGAUGAGUUUCACAAUCUUGACAUAGCAAUUUUCUCAGACGUUCCUGAACACGGUUCUUUCAAAAAGAUUAGUGGAGAUACACUCUCAGGUUUCAUUCGGAGUUUCCCUUCGGCAAUCAAAGCAACCUCUGGGGGUCGAGGUGUAAAUCUCACGUAUACUCUUGCCUCACUAGAGUGGGUUUCUUACAUUCUGAACAUCAACAGCAGACCUCGGAUCUCUCUGACACAUCCUCCCCAAGGUAUGAUUAAGUCAUUCAUUCACCUCUAUCAACGCUGGCUGGACAUCGGAAGGCACAUCCAAGAUUAUGUUGAUGAGGUAGAAACCUGCCGAGGCUGCAACUUUUGCUCUACCCAUACUGAGCUUAGUGAUGUCCAAGACCAACUCGAGAGGGCACUUGCGAAGAAAUCCGCGUUGCGAAUUGAAUUUGCUCGAAUUCUUUUAGGUAUUCGAUCCUCGACGUCAACAGCCGAAGAACUACGUUCAUUUGUGGCCCAGUCAUAUUCUGGGGCUUUGACUCCCAAAUCGAUUUCGAAUCUACUGACCCAGGCAAAGGACAAGCUCUACUUUCGAAAGCAACUGUUGACUUCAGGAGGUCAGUACCUCGACUUUGACGGGGCCAAGGAAGCCAUCUCGGUCGGAAGUAACAUAUAUAUCCUUUACUUCAAUGUGGAUACGAAGAAAGACGAGGACUCGUGGAAUACCAAUCGCGAAAUCAUCACAAGAUUACUCAAUCGAAACUCUGGUGAUUACUUGGUCGCCGUUGCCGAGUGCUCCGCUCAGGAACUAUCUUUAUUGAAAUCUCGGAUCACAUUCUACCGUAGUGGUGGGGUCAUUACUUUCGACAUGCGUGAAGGUAUGGAUCUCGUCGAUCAGUGCUUUGCACAAUACGAUACGAAACUUCUCGAUACCAGCAAAUGCAAUAUGCCGCAGGGUCGGAAGCCAUUGAGACUCCCAUGUCCCCACACCACAUGCGACAAGACUCAAGUCUGCGACUGGACCUGCUAUAGCUGCAGAAUGCCGCUAGAAUACUGCGACAAGUACAUGUAUUGCGAAUGUGGUCGAGUUAAAGCAAGCGACUUCACGUGGCAAUGCAACAGCCUUGACCAUGGAAAAGAAUUUGUGAAGCACAGAGCGCCUGCUUUGACAACGAGUCUUAGGUCACUGGACUCAUAUAAGGAGAGGAACAUUCUGGUCCUCGGAGAGACCGGCGUUGGCAAAUCGACAUUCAUAAACGCCUUCCACAACUAUAUGCAGUUCGGCUCGCUUGAUGAUGCACUUGGGCACAAUGAGCUUAAGUUCCUUAUUCCAAGCUCGUUUUCUAUGCAGUACAUUGAUCGUUCUAGGCACUCGAACGGUUCGUUCAUUCAGUGUGACGUGAAAGUCGGCGACAAUGAAUCUGAGAAGGAUGGUUCUCGGGGAGACUCGGCCACACAGAAGGCUACGCCAUAUCGCAUGCGAUUUGGCGAUUUACUCAUUCGACUCAUCGACACUCCGGGAGUGGGAGACGUACGAGGCAUUGAAGCUGACCAGAAGAAUUUGGCCAGCAUCUUGGGCACCAUUAGUCAAUAUGAGGCCAUCCAUGGGAUCAUCAUCCUACUGAAACCUAACUCCUCUCGUCUCAGCCUGAUGUUUCGCUUCUGCGUCAAGGAGCUGCUCACCAACCUACACAAAGAUGCAGCCAAGAACAUCGUGUGGGGGUUUACAAAUACAAGGCAAUCCAACUAUAUGCCUGGAGACUCUUAUAAGCCUCUGGAAAGACUCAUCUCGAAACACAAGUCCCUCGGGCUGGAAUUGUCUCCAGAGACGGUUUUCUGCUUUGACUCUGAAAGUUUUCGAUGCCUGGCGGCCAAAAAGCAAGCUGGUAUCGAUAUGGACAACCUGGACGACUUCCGUCUCAGCUGGAAGAGAUCCGUUCAGGAGGUUGACCGACUUAUGAAUCAUGUCAGCGACUUGGAGCCUCAUUGUGUCAAAAGUACGUUGAGCUUGAACAGGGCCAGAGAGCUCAUCUCCCAGCUUACGCAGCCAAUGGCAACUCUGACGGAUGCAAUCCAGCGCACUAUCAAUCUAAACAAAGACAAGAUUGACGAUCUGAGUAACGACCGGCUACAAGGCCAAGCCCUCCAAAGUUCUUUGCACUUCGACCGUAUUGACAUUGAAACCGAGCGUCUUGACUAUCCACGCACAAUCUGCAAGCACUCUGACUGCGUCGACUUGAUAGACGUAGCAGGCGUGAAGCGCCCUUUCUACCGAUCUCACUGUCAUCCUCACUGCAACCUGAUCGGUGUUGCGGAAGACGUUGUAGGCCACGCGGGCUUGAUACGUUGCACGGCCUUUGGUGGACACAAUACGUGCCACCCAUGUGGACAUCACUGGCAGGAACACAUGCAUAUUAGGUACUCUCAAACGGAGAAAACUGUGAGGGCCGUAGAUCCUGCCGUUCAAAUCAAGAUCGACGCCAAUGCAUCUGCGGUGCAGCUGAAACAGACUGCCAUUCAGAGCUUGGAAGCUCAAAUCCAGAAAUCUCAGGAAGAGUUGCAGAAGAUUCGAGAUGCAGCGAUUCGAUUCGCGUACUUCCUGAAGAGGAAAAGCAUCACGCCUUACAAUGACGCGAUGAUAGCGUAUAUUGACAUGAUGAUCAAGGAAGAACGCCAGAUUGUUGCACACGGCAAAUCAAGCAACGUCGACGUAGACAAGAAUGAAACACGGCUUCGGUCGUUGGAAGACAGCAAGCGACAGUAUGCCGAACGCAUCAAAAUUCUCGAAGAGCAGAUGGACGACUCGCCUGGAGCUCAGCUUCUCGAUGAGCAAGGUGUUGAGGACCUUAUCCAGGAACUCUACGGGAUGCAAGGUUGGGGCAGGAACUUGAAGGACUUGAGAGAUAUGGAAGAAUGGUCCAAGGCAUCGAGCUUCCGUGAGCACGAAGUCAAGCCCCGGACAAGUCAGGCGAUCCAGGGGCGUGGAUGGCUCGGCACCGUCUCUAACGGGUUUUCAGCGGCCAAGAAUUUCGUGACGGGUACCCUGACCCGAGCAACAUCGGCUUUAGGUGGUAAGUACCAGAGCGCCCACGACGCACUUCCAGGACAAGGCGGCUCCAAGAGAGGAGCGCUCACGACAAACACUGUCACUCAUCCCAAUGGGUACGACACUCGUCAGAAACGACGACGGUUGGGUGAUUACACGGCGAACCCGAGUCAACAUUAG